AUUUGAAAAAACUAUAACAACCUUGACCAGGCCUUACGUAUGGUUGUAUGAAUUUUUUCGAUCUCUUCCUCUCUUUUUUUUUAUGCGAAAUAUUCGAUCUUCAUAUUUAGGAGGAUAAUGAAUUCAGUUAUGGAAGCCGACAAACUUUUCUUUUAAAAGCAAUUUUUUUGAAAAUUACUAUUUAGAAUUCGUCAAAAGAAGCACAAAAUACGGAAUUGCUAACAUUGCCAAGUGCGCAAUACAUUGUCCAGAGGACAAUCGACCAAGUGUAACUUUGUCCACAAAACGCCAACGUUAACAUCGCUAUUAUUCGCCACAUCUGAACUCUAUAACCAUUUGCCACAUAUAAUAACUUGUUACAUCCAAACCAUCGUCAUAUUUUCCUCAUGCAACAUCAUCACUCCUGUCUUGUAAGACCCAUAGCACAGAACAAGGCUUUUUAGUCGUUACGCGAUGGCGUCAAGUGAUAAGGCUCCUGUGGCGUGUCCAGCAAGCAUCGGAGAAUGUAAGGAGCCAAUGGGAGAUCCUACGAAGACAACUACGGCGAUACUAGAAAAAGGAACGACUACGAUGCAGUCUAUGAAACCAAUCAAGCAAAUGAGUCUCCACAUGUGUUCCUUCGCUUGCUAUAGCCACGAUCCUGGCCGUCAGAUCGAAGUUCGUAUCUAUGAUCACCGUGUAAACCAUGACUUUCUCCAGUGUGCUGUCUACGAUUCCAGUUCCUCUAAUGUCCUGGUUGUAACGUUGAGUAUUGAAGCUUUUGCGUUAGAUUAUGACUUAAGAUUUAUGAUGUGUUUUUAUUGUAUUAAAUUUCUAGGGAUCCAAUAUAUAGUGUCAGAGAAGUUAUUCGAAAGCCUCUCACCGGAGGAACAAAAGCUUUGGCAUUCCCAUGAUUAUGAGAUCCAGAUGGCUCUUCUAGUAACUCCAAGGAUCCCAGAGCUCGUUGCAAAGCCGGAGCUUAAAACUCUUGCCAAGUCCAACGGAAAAUUUUGGUGUACAUGGCAGAUCGAUCGCGAGGAUAGAUUACCACUAGGUGUACCAUCAUUAAUGGUGUCUCCACAUGAUGUGAAUCUGGGGAGGAUAAAACCGGAACUUGUGAAAAAGAGAGAUGAAGAACAUGGGAUCUCAACGGAAUCGUUGAAGCCGUCACGGGAAGGGAUUUGCGGACCGGGGAAAAAAUUUUUGGUUGCUGAUUAUUUGCGCUUGAUGUAAGUUGAGACAGAUAUGAAGAUAAUAGCUCCCUUCCCGUGACUUUCUCUUGUUUUGAUUUUGUUUCCUUGAUGAAUUUCGAGAUAUUAUGAGUUCGUAAGCUUAUAGUACGUGUUUUAAUAUAUGCGUUUCAAUCUAUUCUAUACAACUUCUAGUCAAUAUCAUCUUGUGAAUAGGAAAAAUUUCGUGGACCAACUAUGAUUUUGACUCGACGAAUCAUUUACUCCAUUUUUUUGUUAAUCUUACUAAUAUAUAUUGUUCAAUGAAAGAAAUCUGAUUCGAUAAAAACCUCCCUUAAGAGUAAAAAGGGUGUGGUCUUUAUCUCUGUUUUAAGACACAAUUUGAUUCAGGAAACUGCAUCGACUUCAUUGAGGCUCUCAAGAUAGGAAAGGUAACUUGUCAAAAUAUAUCAAACUUUUUUUUGAAAAAAGUUCAUUACUUCAAAUAUUUUUCUGUGGGUAUGUUGGUAUAUUUGGAUAGCUGAGGAACAAGCUAGUUUUAGAAGGGAGACAUAUCACCCCGGAAAAUACAGUAUCAAAAACUAUAUGGAUGUUGGGAUUGUGAAAUCCCAUGUUCAACUCUAUAUUAUCCGAUUAGUACGAUAUUGUUCAUUUUGGGCCUUAGAAGCUGGCCCGCAUGGAUUUGCUUUUGGUUUCCAUCCCAAAAGGCCUCGUACUAAUAGAGUUGGACAUCUCUUUAUAUAUUAGACACUUUUUGUCUAAUUCUCCAAUGUGGGACUUAGUUUGUUAUCUCACAUUCUUUCCUUCAAACUAAGGAUCACAUACAUCUCGUGUCCUACAACUGACUUCCAAGAUCUUCUGACUUGAUUUCUGCCACACACUUCUCAUUCCUAACUCAUAGGAUACCCAUUCAUCACUCAUUCAUCAUUCAAAGGGUAUUUCGGUCUUUCUUACAGAUUUCUUGUCAACUGCGUUAUGAUACCAAUUGUUGGGAUUGUUAAAUCCCGUGUCCAACUCUAUCUUAUCUUAUUAGUACGAUAUUGUCCACUUUGGACCUUAGAGGCUGGCCCGCAUGGAUUUAUUUUUGGUUUUCUUCCCAAAAGGCAUCGUACUAAUAGAGUUGGACAUCUCUUUAUAUAUUAGACACUCUUUUUCUAAUUCUCUAAUGUGGAACUUAGUUUGUUAUCUCAUAUUCUCCCCGUCAAACUAAGGAUCACAAUGGAGCGCAAGGGAAUGGAAUAUGGCCCAACUGGAUACUCUCUUUCGGACUCAGACACAUUGCUCAAACAGUUCAUUGAUCACUCCCGACCUGGAUGAUCUAAUUACAUGUUUCUCAGACGCCGCAUGGAGAUACGAAACAACAUGGCAGGGUUUGGAUGUAUCUUCAAGAACAAAGCGGGUGAUACUGAUCACCAAGCUACUGGGGUGGAACUAAAUAUCGCCUCACCGCUCGUUGCGGAAGCACUGGCUCUCGAUGGGCUCUCCUCACAGCUUACGCACGGGACUACUCCAAAAUCUGUUUCAACACAGAUUGUCAAACGCUCUUAACAGUGAUCACUUCGAAGGCUCCUCCGGCUGACCUCUAUGGGAUCAUCCAGGACAUCGAUCAACUAUCUCUACUUUUCAUCUCUGUUUCCUUUAAAUAUGUUGCUUGAUUGUCAAAUUCAGCAGCUGAUCAGCUUGCUAAGACUGCAUUAUGUACGGCUAUUUCAUCUCUUUCCUCUUCGGGGGGUCUGAGCUUUUAAUCAAAAGUUAUGUUUUGUGUUAAAAAAAAAAGAGUAAAAUAAAUUGUUUAGGCUUCGUAUAAGCUCAUUAGGUAUAGUAGUAGACACGGAAUUUUUAUAGUCUAGAUAAUCCGAGUAAAAUAUAUGCAUCUUGUGGGAUUAUUUCUCUAGUAUAAGUCUAGUUAAAGUAGUUUGGUCUCCUUGAAUAAGGGUGAACUAUCCAAGGAUUUGAAUUAUUGGAUUUUAUAUCAGAAUGAUAAAAAACGAUUUAUGAAUAAAACAAUAAGGAUCUAAUCAGAAAUGUUGUUGACAUUUGUUACACUACCUACUUAAAUUCUUUUCCAAAAGGUUUGAAUUCAAAUUAAACGAUAAGAAAUUUUAAGAAGGUUUCGGCGAUGAGAUGAUUGACGGACGACGAAUGCCCUUUGCUGAAAGAGAAGACAGUGAAGCUUAUAAUUGCAAAGAGGGCCAUCGUUCAAAGCCCCAUCAAAUUAAGUAAGCUUUACCCUCAUGGACUUAAAACGCCAGUCUUAUUUUCUCUUCACCAUUAAACUGGAAGGGACAGUUUUGCAUCAUUGUUUCGUUUAGUCCAUGGCAUUGACCGGUUAGGCCCGGUCCACUUUUUGUAUCCCCUAGGUUGAUAGAAGAAUGCUGGCUAGAUAAACCCACCACGCGACAGAGAUAUUAACAAACAGUUUGAGUUCAUUCUACAUCAUAUGGGUCACAAGAGGCAAUGGAGGGUCUCUCUCUCUCCAUCUCUCCAUCUCUCUAUUGAGAUUGUUGUUUGUUGGCUUCUGGAUUAUGUUUUAUUUUUGUCUAACAUGCUUCUUCUUGUACAUGUUUGUAUCAGAUGAGGCCAUUCACAUAUUUUCAGAAUUUCGAACACAAGAAAAAACAUAACUGGGAUAUGAGCAGCCAUAGAGGCCCAUGACGGCUCAUCAUCCGGUUCACAUUUAUGAUUCUUUUAACAGGUUAAGAAAUUGUUCUUUUGUAUUCCUUCCGAUUUAGUGCCCCCCUGUAAUUUUGUUCUAUUACGGAGAGUCUUCGUCUGGAUAAAAGCUGCAUUUUUAUUAUAGUAUAACAAUUGUUGUGAGAUCUAUGGUUUUAACCUCAACAUAUAUAUGCUGUUGUAUCUAAAAUUGGUGUAAAUUUUAUGAAUCUACCUUCAAUAUGUGGUCCUUUGAUUCUAGCGCAGCGAGACUAUGGCACUGGCUUGAAACUUUCCCUAUAAUAACAUAACGCUUAGUGGUUAACAAAAAAAAAACAAUAGUGAUCAAAUUAUGGUAGAGAGCAACCUCCAUCUCUUUCUAAAAAAAAUCAAAUUUUGAAAAUAAAAGUUUAUUUUAAAAGGAUAUAUGUUUUACAUUUUAUGAAAUAUUAAUUAAUAAAGAAUGAUACAUUAUAAACUUAUAAAAAUAAAUUGCAGUUAUUAAAAUACCAUUGGUUAAACUUAUGAAAAUAUUUAAGUACAAAAAAAAUAAUGUAUUUAUAAUCAACUGUUAUUAUAUUUUACUAAUAUAUGCAAACACAAAAACAUACAUCAUUUAAAAAUAUAGGAAGUAGUUUUUAAAACCCACUCCGACCAUGGAAGCUUUAUCCAAAGGACCUGAGUUGUUAACUCUUAUGAAUGACCUAAUAAAUUUAUCUAUAUGUAUGAUAUAAAAGCAUCUAGUUUUUUAUAUUUUUACUAAUUCAUACAUUUAUCAAUUAUUUUCACAUGCUAAGGAAAUAUAAAUGUAGUGUUUAGUUAUGUAAUUUCUUACUAAAGGUGUAACUGGUGACAAAUAGAAAGAAUAUGUGGAAUGAUAGAAAUUAUUAUUUCUGGAAUUGAAUAGAAUGGAAUCAGCAUUCCACUUAUUUCAAAACAUUUUUGAUUUGGAAUGGAAUGAAAUGGAAUAUACAUUCUAUUUUUAAUUGUAACUGGUAAAAAAAUUUGAAAUGCACAUGAAUUAAACAUUCAGUAAGUUUUAAUUCCAAAAAUGCAUUUUUGCAGCCUAAUUCUACUAUAACUCUUACUUUAAAAUACUUUAGAGAAGGUAAUCUAUUAAGUUAGAAUAAUAUCAAGAAUUACUAAAUUAAAAGGUCACUCAAAAGAAAAUGAAGUACCUUGUGCAAGUGGGUGCAUAUAGCCAAUUGCACGUUGCUCAAAAAACAAAAGCUAAUUGCACAUAAAAUAUGAAUAUGAAUAUGCAUUGUGUAUUGGUUUCUUAUACUCUCUCCAAUUACCCUAAAUGGGUUCAUAAAGAUGGAGAUCAAAGACUACACAUCACAUGCUAUUCUCUCUCUUCUUGUGGCAUAAUCUUACUUAAUUUAUGCAUUGUGCUCCUCAAUAAUUCAAUAUGUUUAUUUCAACUCAAUAAAGAAAAAUAUCAGAAAAUCUACACUUUUCAUUUCCUCCACAUACACAAUAUUUCGCUUUUUAUCUAAUGCCGGGGGCAGGGCCGUCUAAUAGCAUGUGCUAGUGGAGCGGUCGAAUAGGGUCCGAACUUAAAAAUAAAAAAAUACUUAAGAAAAUUUCUAAAAUAAAUAUAUGAAUUUGGUUUAAAAUUUUAACUUUUUACUGUAUUCUUAAAUUUAUUAUCUAUAAUUAAAAGAGAAACAUCAAAUAUAUAUAGAUUAAGUUAUUAACUUUUAAAAUUAUUUUAUUACAUUGUUAAAUAUAUAGUUAAUUUUUUUUUUUUGAACAGGGCCUUAGUAUAAUUUGAGACGGCUCUGGCCGGGGGGAUCUCGAUUAUAAGAAGUUGAUAUUCUUGUCAUACAAAACAUAUAUAGUGGUCGACUUUUAUUAAAAUUGCGAUGGAAGAACUUAAAUUUUGAGUAGUUGGAGAUGAGAGAAAAAGUCUAGUUACCUUCUAUUUAAGUCAGAAGCAUUACACUUAAAUAACUUUCCAAAUUAAGCCAUACGUCUUGUUAAGCCCCAUAAAAGUACGGGUUCAUCUCCCUAUUUCCCCUAUAUAUCAACCCUAAUACCCUAUUUAUCUAAUUAAGUUACCAAUUGGCAAUUUGUAUGUGUCAAUAUCACAACAAAUAAACAUCAUUAACUCAAAAUCACAGUAAGACAUAAAAAAGUACGUUAAUUUUCUUCACAAUCUGAUUAAUUUUCUCAUUUGUACA